AGGGGCGGGGCUAGGGCCCCGGUCCGGCCGCCUGGCUCCUCGGGCCGCGACCAGAAACUGCGGACCCUGAGCGUCAGCCAAGAGCCGGGGGGACGAGACAGAGCCAGAGGCCGGUGGCUUCUGGGCUGGCCAGUUCUAGCCGUGGGGACGGGCGGCGGAACGCGGUGGGGCUUGAGGGAGGCCGGCCCGGGCGCCAGGCUGGGGGCGUGGCCUGUGAAACCCGGAAGGGGCUGGGCGUGAGCGGGAGUGCCCGACCCGGGGCGACCCAGGUCCCCCCGCCCCCGGCGCUCCGACCUGCUGACCCGCAUCGGGGGGCACCGGGGCGCGGGCGGGCCAUGCCUGGGAACUACCUGUCGCUCUGGGAGCUGGUGGAGGAGCACGUUCCGCUCCUGGAGCGGCCCGAAGUGAAGAGGAUUCUGGGGGAGACGACGGUGGACCUGAGCCUGGAGCUGCGGGCAGAGGUGGGGCGUGGGAAGGUGGUGAUGCUACGAACACUGCUCCUAGAGGCUCGGUCCUCCCAAGCGCCUGGCUCCUGCCCCACCUCUGACCCCUCCUCCCUUCUGGCACCACCGCCGCUCCUAAGAGACCUCGUGCGCCAGGAACUACGGCAGCUGCUCCAGGGUCUCCGCCGGAAGGCCAUCUGUGAGGGCAGGGACCAGACCCAGGCCUGGGUCCGGUAUAGCCCCAGGGUCCUGCGCUUUGCUCUGGAGGAGCCCAGGUGUGAUGUGCCAGAACAGAAGAUAUUGCAGAUGAAAGCUGGCGAACCCGGCUGUCACAGGGACCUCAGCAUCAUUAAGGACCAACUCGACGUGUCCCACAUCGACGAGGUUGCCGGCCACCUGCGGGCCCUCCUGGAGGAGGAGUGUCGCACGCUGGAGAGGGAGAUUCCCAUCCUGCAGCGCUGCCUGGAAGAGGAGUACACAGGGGCACCCCAGCCCUCCGAGGCAACCCUACAGCCCACCCUGGCAGAGCUAAAGGAACACAAGGCCGCCAUGCAACGGGAGCUGCAGGCACCUCUGCAGCCUUGCUGGGUCUCCCCCAGCCACAGGAGGUGGCCCUUGGGGUCCUCCAGCCAGGGGCUCAGACCCCUGCCUUGCCUCCAUGGGGCUGCUGAAGUCUCGGCCAGGCCUCUCCAGGGCUGCUGGCCUGCUCCUCCUCUGGAGCGCUGCCCCAAACCUCGAGGCCCAGCCGCCACCUGCCGCUGGGGACGGAAGCUGCGGUGCAGCCCCAGGAAAAGGCCCGCUUCCACUCCAGUGUCCAGUGGGGCGCCCCAGGCCCCAACCUGAAGGGCCGGUCAUGACGUAGGCCACAGCUUCCGUGGGAGCGCACCCCCGCUGCUGCCGCCACCUCUCAGCUGCCGUGGCCCAGCCUACAUCAGAUCUAGUCUUGGAUUCCAUGGCUGUCUGUCCAUCCGGCCCUCACUCCAGCCCCUCGCCGGUUCCUGGUGUCUGGUUCCUGCUCCUCACAGCCUCUGGCCUCUGGCCUCCCAGGCUCCCCUCAAAGGCCUGGCAGGAAGAGGUCUCAUCCCUGCCCUGCCUCUUGUCCCCACAGGGGACCCAGACAAAGCACAGCAGCAGCUCGGAGACAGGAAUAGAAAUUUCAUUAAAAUCUAUGGACUUUAAAA